CAAGGUACAACAGAAAAGCUGAGUAAUUACAUAUCUAAAAUGCAUUUUUGUUGUAUGUAGGUUAAAUGCAGUGUAUCUGUUCUUGCAAGUCCUUUUGAUCUGCUUGGUAAUCCAGCAGUUUGGGAGGACUUGGGUUCUGGGUAGUGGGUCCGUGUGGAGGUGUUUGAAGAAAAACCCUUGCUCUGAGUGAGAUUGUAUUCACAAUUAUUUCAAAAGACUGAAAUUUUUACACUUGGAUUUUAAAUACGACGGGAGACAAAGAAAUGGAGCGGCAACUGUAUGAAUAUAGGAUGAAGCAAGAGAUAAAGGAGUUCAGGCGUCCUCCUUGAAACAUGCAGUGGUGUGGCUUGUAUGUAGAAAUCUUAGGAUGCCUCUGAUUUCUAAAUAUUUUCUUCGCAGUCACAUUACAUUUGGAGAAGUACAUUAAACUGAGCAUCCCAGUGAUGUGGGACAAACCAGCAUUGGUUUGAGAGCAGGAAAGGUAAAAGUGGAUAUGAACCGUGUCAUCUAAGGAAUGUUGGAAAGUGAAUGUAGAGACAGGGUUGGCGUAACAGUCACUGCUGUGGGUGUCCAGAUGCUAGCUAGUAGGUGCCUGAUUGGCUGUUGCAUUUUUGGUCCAAUUUGUUGCUGUUUAGCUGUAGAUGGUGGCUCAAGUGUUUGGUCUCCUCAGAGACUUGGUCUGACCUCUGGUUUCAGCCUGGCUGCUUGUUGUAGGAAGAUUGAAGAUCUGCCUCAUUUCUCUUUCCCCCCCUCCCUCUUUCCCUCUCAAAUAAAAUGAAAGUAAGUAAAACUAAAAGAGGCUAAAGAUGUUGGUAUUAUAUACCUUCUAGGUCCCUUAGAGUUUUCAAAGUAGAUCCUGUAUAAUUUUGCAUCCUUGUCUGCCAAACAGGUGGAUAGGAAGUGUUCAUUGGCACUUGUUUGGGCAGUCAUCUUUCUGUACUGCUGCUGUGGAACAUUCCCGCAUUGGUUGGAGAAAAGUGUUUGAGGGGGCAUAUUUUUAUAUGAGGCACUUUGUGUGUUUCUCUCUUUUACUUUAUUACAUUUUUUCCAUUUUUUUUCAUUUAUUUUUAAUAGUUUAAAUUCUUGAGGGGUACAGCAUCACUUUAUAGUAGAAUGAUCCUGGAAAAAGUUAAUUGUUAAUGCCUAUGGUCAGAUAUGCCAUAUAUUCAAACACCAGGAUGUAAUGCCUAGGUUUUCUUCUUCCAGAACUGGGAAACUGGGCUCCUGUCCUCUGAGAGUGUUGUUCCCAAACUAGUCAGCUUGAGAAAAGACUGGUAGCUCCGUUCUUUCUUGUCCAUUUUUCACAGCGUGUCACCAGUUAGAUGUCAGCCAUUUGCUGCUGUGAUUUGGUCUGUUUGGAAUUUGUAGUUCUUAGAAGCUCCUUUUGCUCAAAGAACAAAGAGCACUCCGUAAAUUACAGUUAGUUGUUCCAUCUGUUUUGUUUUGUUUUUUUUUUUUUUUUUUGAAUACUUUGAUUGUCUGGAGGGGUUUGAAUGUGUGUCAGGACUCACUCGUGUUUGCAUGUAUUUCCUAGGUGUAACUGAAAAAAAUCACCUUUUCAAAGAUGUCAAAAACAAACAAGUCCAAGUCUGGAUCUCGCUCUUCUCGAUCAAGAUCCGCAUCAAGAUCUCGUUCUCGGUCGUUUUCGAAGUCUCGAUCCCGAAGCAGAUCGAUCUCUCGGUCGAGGAAGCGCAGGCUGAGUUCUAGGUCUCGUUCCAGAUCCUAUUCUCCAGCUCAUAACAGAGAGAGAAACCACCCUAGAGUAUAUCAGAACCGGGAUUUCCGAGGUCACAACAGGGGCUAUAGGAGGCCCUAUUAUUUCCGUGGGCGCAACAGAGGCUUUUAUCCGUGGGGCCAGUAUAACCGAGGAGGCUAUGGAAACUAUCGCUCAAAUUGGCAGAAUUAUCGGCAAGCAUACAGCCCUCGUCGGGGCCGUUCCCGAUCUCGGUCCCCAAAGAGAAGGUCCCCUUCGCCAAGGUCCAGGAGUCAUUCUAGGAACUCCGAUAAGUCAUCUUCUGACAGGUCAAGACGCUCCUCAUCUUCACGUUCUUCCUCCAACCAUAGCCGCGUCGAAUCUAAGCGCAAGUCUACAAAGGAGAAAAAGUCCUCUUCCAAGGAUAGCCGGCCUUCUCAGGCUGCUGGGGAUAACCAGGGAGAUGAGGCCAAGGAGCAGGCGUUCUCUGGAGGCACCUCUCAAGAUACAAAGACAUCUGAGAGCUCAAAGCCAUGGCCAGAUGCCACCACCUACGGCACUGGUUCUACGUCACGUGCCUCUGCGGUUUCUGAGCUGAGCCCUCGGGAGCGAAGCCCAGCUCUGAAAAGUCCCCUCCAGUCUGUGGUGGUGAGGCGGCGGUCACCCCGUCCCAGCCCUGUGCCAAAACCUAGUCCUCCACUUUCCAACACAUCCCAAAUGGGCUCAGCUCAGCCAAGUAGUGCUGGGUAUCAGUCUGGAACACACCAAGGUCAGUUCGAACAUGGCUCUGGAUCUUUGAGUCCAUCCAAAAAGAGCCCUGUGGGUAAGAGUCCACCGUCCACUGGCUCUACAUAUGGCUCAUCUCAGAAGGAGGAGAGCACUGCUCCCGGAGGAGCAGCCUAUACCAAGAGGUAUCUGGAAGAGCAGAAGACAGAGAAUGGAAAAGAUAAGGAACAGAAACAAACCAAUACUGAUAAAGAGAAAGUUAAAGAAAAAGGGAGCUUUUCUGACACAGGCUUGGGUGAUGGAAAAAAUAAAUCUGAGUCAUUUGCUUCCAAAAGUGAUACCGAGAAGUCUUUUCGGGGCAGCCAGUCUCCCAAAAGGUAUAAGCUCCGAGAUGACUUUGAGAAGAAGAUGACUGACUUCCACAAGGAGGACAUGGAUGAGCAAGAUAAGGACAAAACUAAAGGGAGGAAGGAAUCUGAGUUUGAUGAUGAACCCAAAUUUAUGUCAAAAGUCAUAGCAGGUGCAAACAAAAGCCAGGAAGAGGAGAAGUCAGGCAAAUGGGAGGGUCUGGUGUAUACCCCUCCGGGGAAGGACAAGCAGAGGAAAACAGAGGAGCUGGAGGAGGAGUCUUUCUCAGAGAGAUCCAAAAAGGAGGAUCGGGGAGGGACCAAGAGAACCGACAGUGGGCACAGGGGGUUUGUGCCUGAAAAGAAUUUCCGAGUGACCGCUUACAAAGCAGUCCAGGAGAAAAGCUCAUCGCCUCCCCCAAGAAAGACCUCUGAGAGCCGAGACAAGCUGGGAGCCAAAGGAGACUUUCCCUCGGGGAAGUCUUCCUUUUCCAUUACUCGCGAAGCCCAGGUCAAUGUCCGGAUGGACUCUUUUGAUGAGGACCUUGCACGACCCAGUGGCUUAUUGGCUCAGGAACGCAAACUCUCUCGGGAUCUAGUCCAUAGCAACAAAAAGGAACAGGAAUUUCGUUCCAUUUUCCAGCACAUACAGUCAGCUCAGUCACAGCGCAGCCCCUCUGAAUUGUUUGCUCAGCAUAUCGUGACUAUCGUUCACCACGUGAAAGAGCAUCACUUUGGGUCCUCCGGAAUGACAUUGCAUGAACGCUUUACUAAAUACCUAAAGAGGGGGACUGAGCAGGAGGCUGCUAAGAACAAGAAAAGCCCAGAGAUUCACAGGAGGAUAGAUAUUUCCCCCAGUACAUUCAGGAAACAUGGUUUGGCUCAUGACGAAAUGAAAAGUCCUCGGGAACCAGGCUACAAGGCUGAGGGAAAAUACAAGGAUGAUCCUGUGGAUCUCCGCCUUGAUAUUGAACGUCGUAAAAAACAUAAGGAGAGAGAUCUUAAACGAGGUAAAUCAAGAGAAUCAGUGGAUUCCCGAGACUCAAGCCAUUCAAGAGAGAGGUCAGCAGAGAAAACAGAGAAAACCCACAAAGGAUCAAAGAAGCAGAAGAAGCACAGGAGAACACGAGAUCGGUCCAGAUCCUCCUCCUCCUCCUCCCAGUCGUCUCAUUCCUACAAAGCAGAGGAGUACACCGAGGAAACAGAGGAGAGAGAGGAAAGCACCACAGGCUUUGACAAGUCCAGGCUUGGGACCAAAGACUUUGUGGGGCCAAGUGAAAGAGGCGGCAGCCGCGCCCGGGGAGCCUUUCCCUUCCGAGCCAGAGGGAGAGGUUGGGGCCGAGGCAACUACUCUGGUAACAAUAACAACAGCAGCAACAACGAUUUCCAAAAAAGAACCCGGGAGGAAGAGUGGGACCCGGAGUAUACACCCAAAAGCAAGAAAUAUUACUUGCACGAUGACCGGGAAGGUGAAGGCAGUGACAAAUGGGUGAGCCGGGGCCGGGGCCGAGGAGCCUUUCCCCGGGGUCGGGGCCGGUUCAUGUUCCGGAAAUCCAGUACCAGCCCCAAAUGGGCCCACGACAAAUUCAGUGGGGAGGAAGGGGAAAUUGAAGACGACGAAAGUGGGACAGAGAACCGAGAGGAGAAGGACAAUUUACAGCCCGCGGCUGAGUAGGGGCCGCUGCGGAAGAGAGCCCUCAUCCAGGGGAGAGGCCCGCCAGGAGGACGCUGGGGAGGAGCUGCGCAGGAGCCUCUAGAAGAUCCUAAACAAUCUCGCCGCCACCCGCUGCUGGCCACGCUGAAGCCUGCUGUGGAGGAGAGCAUCCAUGAUGCUGUGUCCCCCUGGACGGAAGGGGCUGGCCACAGCCUGGGCCCAGACCACCACCACUUGGGCCGGGGCAGGGUUCCUCAUUUGCUGUGGGGGUGUGGGGGAGGGGCUGGGGGAGGGAGGGAAAGCAAUGCUUGGAUUUUGGUUUGUUCCCUAUUAGAAACCGACAGUUUUGUUCUUCAUUUCAUUUGAAGCUCGAAGGACUAAUUUGAUUCUCUUUCUCUUUUUUUUCCCCCAUCCUAAUUUCAAGAGCCCUUUUCUUUUUAGGCAUAUGUAGUCAUAGCAGAGAGAUUUAAUUUGGGCAACUUUGAUUCUUAAAAAAAAAAAAAAAGCAUGUGAAUAAACAUUGAAGUGUUCGCCUCAGUUUGGGACCAAACUGCUUGGAUCUUUCUAAAAACCGGUUUUGUAUGUCAAGGAGGAGUUAAGGCCUUUCCGACCACCUAGUGUUCCGCUUUCUGCACAGCCAUGUUCACGGAGUCGCUCCUGGCCACACCUGCACCUGCUUCUGAACUCUGAUUUCUGGGCUGGGCUUCCUGUUCCCCACCAGCAGCUCCAGUUCCCAAACUUUCUAGUCCUGCUGAUCGUCUCGGCAACGGUGGAAACUGGAGGGCAGUUUCUGGUCUGUUUUCUAAGAAACUUCUGAAUUAUCUUUACAAAUAUGAGAAAAUAAUUUUUUCAAUAUUUUUAGUAAUCUUUUUAUAAAAUGAAACUCCUAUGCUCGAUAAAGGAAGGUGGUUUGGCUGGGUGGUUCUUGGGGUUGUUUUGGUGUUUUUGUUUUGUUUUCUCUUUAACCUUAAGCUUUAAGUUGAAACAUUCUCAGAUAUUUGGGGGGAGAACAUCCUCUUAAAAUGGGUCCUUGUGCUUGCCUUCUGGGGAGGCGGUCCUGAGCAGGUGAACCAUACGGCAUUCCUGCAUAUGAUGUAUGCGGACUGCACCACCCCUUCCCCGCCUUUGCCUCCUGGGUUGUUCAGCUACUUUUCCCUUUUCUUUGCUCCAUUUCUAUAUAGUUAAGUUGGUUGUACUUGGAUGAUUCAUGUUGGGGGGGGAUGAAAAAUACUCUUGGAUAAUUUGUUUCAACUCCUCCUGCAAAUAAAAACAAUAAAAUGAAGUGGCAGAUGUGA